GCUACAUUUAUAAAAGAAUAUAAUAUAUGUAAUUAUAAAUGAAUUCAUGCAACUGGAAUUAUACUUAUGCAAAUUUUUAAGCAGUUUUAAAAAAAUGGCGCGAUCCAUUUUGCGCGUGUGUCUAAAGCUGCUCGCGUGCAGUUGAUCAAUGUACAGUUUACACUGUGCAGUGGUUGGACGACACUCGUAAUGCAUCUCUUGUUGCAAUUAAUACUAACCUCUUAAUGCGCAGAAAAUACCAAUAGAAGUUGUUAGAAUAGUGAGUGAGGGUUGAGUUUACCACUGAAGGAUAUUAAAGCUUUGUUAAUACGAGUAUAAUUCAAGUGAUAACUAACGAGUUAUAAUUAGCACCUCAACAGCAUCAUGGAGAAGCAGGGGAAUAUCGAUGCAAUCAUUCGUGAGACGGUCGAAGCUGCCAAACAAGAAAUGGAUUUUUAUAGAGAAUUAAAACGACGUAGAUUGAUAAUGACUCUGUGGAGAACAAAAGCUGAAUUAACACCGCAGCAAGCAGAGGCAUAUCAGCAGAGUAAUUGCGAACCACAUUUACGUGAAGUUGCCAAAAUCGUUUUAGAAGAGAUCCAGUAUAAUAGGAACGAAAGACGGAUGGCCUAUCGAGUACUUAUCUACGCUAUGGUAUUUGCUGUCGGCAUUAUGAUCCUAAUAUCUUUGACAAUUUACUUAUCGGUCAGAGGUUCUGUCAAACAUAAGCAAAAAUAUUAAUUUUAGGCAGCUUUUGUUAGUAACAAAAAUAUUGCCUUAAUAUUUCUCUAUUAUUGUGAUAUAUAUUCAGAACUGCAAAUCGUGACUUAUUUUUUAAUAUAAAUAAUUUUUCAAUUUAUUGUUAUACUUCCGAUAUAUUUUUUAUAUUUACGCUUGAAAAUAACAAUAGAUUGUUAUGACUAUCUAUUGGAUCUGAUUGUGCCUUUUGAUUAUUGUAUGUUGCAUUAAUAUUUUAUAAUAUUAGUGUCAAUGGUAUUCAAAAAUAAUAUAUAACUCUAUGUGUGCCUUUAAAAAAUAAUGGUUGUAAUUCAUGUUCUUCGCAGCUAAAUAUAAUAAAGUGUAGGUUGUCAAAUGUGAAUGAGAUAUUUCAUGCAAUUAUAUGAAUUAGUUAUUAUAACAAACAAAAACAAUUAUUAUUGACUCAGCUCAUUUCGUUGUUUUCUGUCACUAA